AUGGCUGAACAGAACGAUGGGGCUUUCAGUGACAAUGGAUUUGACCACAGUGAGUAGUAUCGUUAGGCCUAACUGUUGUUUUACCAAAAUGUACAAUCUAGAGCUAGUAGGCUACCAGUCCUGUGGGUAACUGUUGAUUAGUCAUUUAAUGAUGUCUGAACUCUUCUUCAUGUUCUCCUUUAAGGUUUCUUUGCUGAGAAUGCAAGGAAGGGUACUGUGGUCUCCAGGGCUAACAGCAUCGGGUCCACAAGUGCCUCAUCAGUACCAAAUACAGGUACUGUGUUUCAUUUAUGUUUAGACAACAUAUGUCAGGGAAUAUUUUUAUCGGCGAUGUUGAUGUGUGUACUGUAUGACUAAAUGGCUUGUGUAGGUGAGACUGCUGCAUAUUUAUUUAGUGUCCUAAUUUUUAAAAAAACAUAAUUGAUGCAGUGCCCCUUUAAUUCAUUCUCUUACUCCCUACCCCACUCUCACUUCCACUAUAUUCUUUCUUAUACUUUUUUUCAAUUGCAUCAGCCUUGAGCCCUAGGGAGGUAGACUGAAACACCUGCUCUUCCUCUCCUCACUGUAGAUGAUGAAGACAGUGACUACAGGCAUGAGACCACCUACAAGGAGUCCUACAAAGACCGGCGGAGACAGGCACACACACAGGCCGAGCAGAAACGACGGGAUGCUAUCAAGGUUGGCUUCCGAUAGGGAGUGGAACAACAGGAGUGUAGAUCAUGGGAAGGAGGGUAGUUGUAAAAAGGGACAAGGGAGAAAGAAAAAAAAAAAGGAUUGGGAAGUGAGGGUGGGGGGUGUUUGGACAGAGGGAGUUGGUGGCUCUGAUCUCUUCCAAUAAAUUAAUGUUUCUUAGGUGGCCAAAUGUAAUACUUCUGUCAAUUCAAAAAUCUGUUUGUCUUGUGUGUUUGACUCCACAGAAAGGAUAUGAUGAUCUACAGUCCAUAGUGCCCACCUGCCAGCAGCAGUCUGAGUUUGCUGUGGGGACACAGAAGAUCAGCAAGGCCACAGUGCUGCAGAAAAGUACAAUGUUCUAUAUAGACCAUUAUAAACUGGGUGGUUCGAGCCCUGAAUUCUGAUUGGCUGACAGCCGUGGUCUAUCAGACCGUAUACCACGGGUAUGACAAAAUAUGUAUUUUUACUGCUCUAAUUAAAUAAAUAAUAAAUUAGUCAUUUAGCAGACGCUCUUAUCCAGAGCGACUUACAGGAGCAAUUAGGGUUAAGUGCCUUGCUCAAGGGCACAUCAACAGAUUUUUCACCUAGUCUGCUCUGGGAUUAGAACCAGCGACCUUUCGGUUACUGGCACAACGCUCUUAACCACUAAGCUACCUGCCGCCCCAAUUACAUUCGUAACCAGUUUAUAAUAGCAAUAAGGUACCUCAGGGGUUUGUGGUAUAUGGCCAAUAUACCACGGCUAAGGGCUGUAUCCAGGCACUUUGCGUUGCAUCGUGACGUGCAUAAGAACAGCCCUUAGCCAUAGUAUAUAGGCCAUAUACCACACCUCCUCAUGCCUUAUUGCUUAACUGUACUGUUCAACCAGAAAUGUGAAAGUUGUACAUUUUAGGACUGUGCAAAUUGACAUUCCGACCAGCCUUUGUAAUGUCAACAUACUAUAAAUAUUUAGAAAGGAUCCCACCCUAAGCUGGAAUUUUCCUCCCUGAUAGAAAUGCUUUCAGUCCAGAAAUCCCUUACUGGUUGUUUCUGUGUUUCCUGCUGCAGCCAUUGACUACAUCCAGUUUCUGCACAAGGAGAAGAAGAAGCAGGAGGAGGAAAUGUCUAUGCUGAGGAAGGAAGUGAUGGCACUGAAGAUCAUGAAA